AUGGAUUCUAUAAAGAUCCCACUCAUCAUCUCGUCUGCUGUCGCUGUGCACGUGGCGCUCAGUCCUCCGCAUGCCCCACCGAAGAACGAGGUCAUAGUUUACUGGGGUGUCUCCUUGGCAGAAAUAGCUCUCAUCGUCACCCGUAUCACGGACCCCAAAACACUUCCCAGCGUGAUACAAAACACAAUCAGUCCAGUUCUUCCUAGAAUCCAAGACGUGCCAAUCACUCGUCCUUUCAUUAUUGGUUCUGCACUUGUUGCUACAGCGGGAUACCUCCGCUGGUCCUGUUUUCGGACCCUUGGUCGUUUCUUCACAUUCGAGCUCACCACCCGUAAGGGUCACCAGCUUGUCACGACUGGACCAUACUCCAUCGUACGCCAUCCCUCUUACUCAGCAGCUGUCCUGCAGUAUAUCGGCGUAGUGAUCUUGCACGGAUCUGCAACUUCGUGGAUUAGACAAUCAGGGGUCUUAGAUCUCCCUGGAGUGAAACUGGUUCUGCUGGGAUGGUUGUUGGAGAGAACGAUUACUGUGACAAGCCUCUUGCGCAGAAUCAAUCAAGAGGAUGAGGUUGUGAAGUCAAUGUUUGGAGACGAAUGGCAGAGGUGGGCAAAGGUCGUCAGGUACCGGCUCAUCCCCGGCAUCUACUAA